AUGAGUCCACGGGCCCAGACACCCACAACUAACAACCAGCCAGACAGCAAGGAAGGCCCUCUGGAACUCGGUAGAGCUGAUGCGAUGAAUGCUCGCACUCAGCAAUAUCUCGAAGUUGUGGGCAUUCUUGAUCAGCUCCUUCCUCAGGGUAUCACAUGCAACACAAGUUCGACUUUCGCGGAUGGCGAAUUCAAGUCUAGGCAAAGCCAUUGGUGGACUGGUCUGGAGCACACUUUUCGCAAGAAUUUCUUGAUGCUCGGCCAGCCAGUUAUUGAGCAGGAGCUCUCUUCGAGACUCAAGACCAAAAUCUCAUAUGGAGAGACUGUGUCGGCUAUUACUGAGGACAAGGCCGGUGUCGUCGUCACGACAAACAAGGGCCGCACCAUCCGCAGCAAGUACGCUCUUGGAGCUGAUGGCGCACGCUCCACAGUGAGAAACGCCCUCGGCAUCAGCUUCACCGGUACGAAACCGGAGAUGGUUUGGGUCGUGCUCGAUACUUUCAUCGACACGGAUUUCCCAGUGUGCUCUGAAAUCAUCACCUUCCAGCUCAACGGGCAAAGCCGAGUGUCAUGGAUUCCCAGAGAGCGCGGAAUGGCUCGCUUCUACAUCUUGCUCGAUGGUGAGAUUACACAACAGAGAGCGGAGGAUUCGAUCCGGGAACACAUGACUCCUCAUCGGGUAGACUUUAAGAAGACGGAAUGGUUUAGCACAUUUGAUGUGAAGGAGCGCAUUGCAGGAACCUUUGUAUCCCAGAAUGGCACCGGGCGCAUCAUUUUGGCAGGUGAUGCGGCACACGUUCACUCAGUCAACGGAGGCCAGGGCCUCAACACCGGCGUAGCGGACUCGUUUGCUCUUUCGUGGAGACUCGCAGAGGUCCUUACCAACGAUAAGCUCAGCGCUGCUUCUGUCGAAAAGCUCAUCAAGAGCUACGAUAUCGAGAGACGCACAGUAGCUCAGGGCGUCAUCGACGUCGCCGCGGCCCUGGUGAGAGACACUGUUCACACAGCCAAACAAUACGUCUCCACCAUUGAAAAGAAUGCUGGUUACAUCACAGGCAUGGGUGUGUCCUACGAUGGCACUGGCUCACCCCUGGUCCAAGGAUCCACGCAGGGCAUCUGGACACCCGGUCGGCGCUGUCCAGACGUCUACCUCAAGUCGUUCGAUCAAGAAGCAAAGAGGUUGUAUGAGCUUCUCGCGGGCAAGUACGGCAAGCACCUUGUGUUGAAGAUUGGACGACAGCAGAAUCAAGUAUCCACCUCCAAAACCGACCUGGAGAGCGUAGCCAAGGUUUUCACCGUCAGCCCCCACAAAGCGGAGACUGGUACAACACAAGGCGAAAACUCUUCUGCUACAGAAUCUGCUUUUACGGCUGAGUGGGUGGGCGAAGAUGACGACUUUGUGGUUGUUGUCAGGCCAGACAUGUAUAUUGGCUAUGUCGGUCAGGAUGAAGGGUGGCGGGAGUACCUCUCAUACUUGACUCAGUAA